AGUGCACAAUUACAGUUUGAAGCUACCGAUUCGAGUAAAUUUAAGCGCAUUUAAGUGCACAAUCAGUCGCCAGUCAAAUGCUGAAAUAUGCAUAUGCAUGAAUGAGUGUAUGGGUUUCUUAGUUCCAGACACCGCAGAAGAGUUGUGAAUACUAGUAAUUAAUUUCGGUCCCUCCUUACCGGUUACCACCGGCCAAAUUAAAGAGAAUGAGCAAUUAUUUACUCUACAAUUAAAGAGAAGAUCCCGGGGGUACAUACAUCUGAAUCCUGAAUGUGACGACGAGUUGUAGAGCAGAAGGAAUCAUCAGUCGUCAAAAAAUUGGUAGAUCGGAUGCCUCAUUGGUUGGUUACCUUUGAUUGAGAGAGAGGAUGCCGGCAUGCGACUUGAGUAUUUGUGAGUUGUGUGGGAUUCCAUUCUCUCGCAGAAAUCACAGCUCGCAAUGCCAAAUGCAAAGCCAGUGGCAAGCAGUAGUACGUAGAGUCUGAGAGCCACUCCCAGCCAAAUGCCCCUCUCUGCAGUCUGCUCUGUGUUGGGUUGCCAUCUAAUCCGCUUGUCUGUCAGUCCGUCCAUUUGUGUGUCGAUUCAGUAAAAGACAACCAACCGGCUUUUGGGGUUUCACGGUGAAAUUAGGUUUGUGAUUUCCUCUUAACUAUUGUUGGAAAAAAACCAACCUAUGUUACAUAAUGUUAUGUUAUGAUAUGCCAAAACGAAAACAAAUUGAAUACCAAAAUCAGAACCCCCACUUUUCUUUUUAAUCUUUUUGUCUUCUAAUGGAAAAAGAAAAAUGUUAUUUGAUCCGACUGACCAUCUCAAAAAAACAUCCCCCCAAUUACUUUUGUGCAAAUGUGCUCUUCUUCUUCUUCUUCUUCUUCUGGUAAACUGGAGUGGUAGUAGUAACAACAUUGCAAUUCUACUAGUAGUAUAUACUCAAUUACAUAGAUGCUAGCAUAUACUAACUCCGCACCAUCCACCCAAAUUGCUUACUAAUCGAUCACAUUUCCAGUUCAAAAACAAAAACGCCCCUAGGGAGUAAUUAAUUUAGCAGCAAAAAAAAAAAAAAAAGAGUAGUGAGGGGACUGCUAUGGUAGCAGCAUCGAUAGCACCGCACAUGAGAAUGAGUGGGCUUUUCCGAUCCAAGUCUUGCACCCUACCUCCCUUCAUCCCCACCCCCAUCGCUCCUCCUCCUUCCCAUGAUGACAUCCUCAGACCAACAUCCCCUCCCACCCCUUCUCGCUACCCCCACCACCACGAGGACGAAGACGACGAAAAAGAAGAAGAAGACGACGACGACGACUACUACCAAGACAGAGUGGAAGAGGAGGAUGGGUAUUUCCUCGUCAAAAAGAAUCACAGCCCUGCUACGACGCCAUUUAUUGGGUUGGAAGAGCGCAGGAGCAGCAGGAGACACAAGAGCUGCAGUAGCACCAGUCGUCAUCAUCACCGUGGUGAUCCUGAUGAUGGUCAGUUUCCUCCCGGGGGGUUACUGGCCAUUGUGGUCGCGGCUCUGAGGAAGUCUCUCUUGGUCACCUGUACCGGUCUUGACCUUGACACCGAUGCUGCUGAUGACGUCUCCUCCUCCAACCACCUCGACAUUGGCUGGCCCACCGACGUCCGCCACGUCUCCCACGUCACCUUCGAUCCCUUCCAUGGCUUUCUCGGCUUGCCCCGCGACCUCCAGUAUCAUCUCCCCCGCGGCAACAUCGUCCCCAGCGCCAGUGCAAGUGUAUUUGGAGUCUCAGCCCAGUCAAUGCAGUGUUCUUAUGAUCACAGAGGAAACAGUGUCCCGACAAUUCUUCUGAUGAUGCAGAAUCGUUUGUACUCAGAAGGCGGCCUAAGAGCUGAAGGAAUAUUCCGAAUAAAUGCAGAGAACAGUCAAGCAGAAAAUGUUCGAAACCUGUUGAAUAAAGACAAUUUUAUUUGUGAGUGGACAGCAAAUUUUCAACCUUCUGAACUGAAGGAACAGUCUUUUGCUUGGUUUAGAGAACUCCCCACUGGGGUUCUUGAUUCUCUGACUGCAGAACAAGUGAUGCAUUGCAACACGGAAGAAGAGUGCACACGACUUGUGAAAUUACUUCCUCAGACCGAAGCUGCAUUGCUUGAUUGGGCAAUCAAUUUGAUGGCAGAUAUUGUGGAUUUUGAACACUAUAACAAAAUGAAUGCACGGAACAUUGCUAUGGUGUUUGCUCCAAAUAUGACUCAGAUGGCCGACCCACUAACUGCAUUAAUUCAUGCCGUCCAAGUUAUGAACUUCCUGAAGGCACUGAUAAUCAAAACUCAGAGCGAGAGAGAAGAAUCUGCUUCCAGGAUGACUUUACCAUCAUCGGCUACUCAUUCUCCGACCCACAAGGACGCAUAUUCCUCAGACUCAGGUGUAUUGAUACAAUGCCACCGGGGCCUUUAUGGCGAUUGCAGCGAGGGACCUGGCACUGGUGAACUUUUCAGAAGUGGGACUUUUGACCGCACAGAAUCUGCCAGAGCGGAUCAGUGGAACUUCAAAAGCAAGAGUGAUGCCAAGCAGGAACGUGAAGCCGUUCCAAGUAGGAUAUCAACAAUUAUGCAUGAUCUGGAAAGUGGUUUGCGAGAUGAUGGUUUGGAAAACAUGGAAGUUUGAAUAAAGGGGCGAGUGUUGCACCUAAGUAAACCACAUAAGAAAAGUGCGGGUGUUGGAAUUGUAGAAAUACUAGAAGAGGGGGAGAAGCCUGGGCGUGAAGAAAUUGCUACGCUCACGAGUCACGCCGAGAUCUAUGAUUUUAUGUUCAUGGUCGAGAUUCUUGAUAAACGUUUGAAACACUGAAGUUGCUAGGGAUUAGAGUAUUGUUUGUUAAAAAAAUUAAUUUUUUAUGAGUAGCGGCUUAAAAUAAUCUUUAAGCAAGCAUUGCGAAUCAAAACUUUCUUAUUAUCGCA